AUGCCUCGCCCAGGCAAGAGCUCUUACAGUGACCAGAAGCCCCCUUACUCUUACAUUUCGCUGACGGCCAUGGCUAUCCAGCACUCGGCGGAGAAGAUGCUGCCUCUGAGCGACAUCUACAAGUUCAUCAUGGAGCGCUUUCCUUACUACCGCGAGCACACCCAGCGCUGGCAGAACUCGCUGCGCCACAACCUCUCCUUCAACGACUGCUUCAUUAAGAUCCCCCGGCGGCCGGACCAGCCGGGCAAAGGCAGCUUCUGGGCGCUGCACCCGGACUGCGGGGACAUGUUCGAAAACGGCAGCUUCCUCCGGCGCAGGAAGCGCUUCAAGGUGCCGCGGCCGGAACCGCACAUGCCAGGCGCAGGCAAGGCAGGGGGCGUGCUGCACCCGCACUUGAGCCACUACUUCCACCCGCAGCAGCAGCAGCCUCCUCCGCCGCCGCCGCCUCUGCAGCCUUCCGCGGCGGGCAAAGGCCACCCAGACUCCGCCGUGGCUGCGGCGGCGGUGGCGGCGGCCGCGGCUGUAGGGAGACUGCCUCAGUUCCAGCCGUACAGCCCUGCGCCUGGCUUCAAGCACCCCUUCGCCAUUGAGAACCUCAUCGGGAGAGACUACAAGGGCGUCAUCCAGGGCGGCGGGCUGCCUCUGGCUUCGGUGAUGCACCACCUGGGCUACCCGGUAGCAAGCCAGCAGAUCAGCACCAUGGUCAGCUCCGUGUGGCCCCACGUGGGCGUGAUGGAGCCCGUCGGUGGCCUGCCCAUCUCCCCAGGAGAGUACGGACCCUUCGGCGUGCCGAUGAAGGCCAUCUGCCACCCGCCCACACAGACGCUGCCUGCCAUCCCGGUGCCGAUCAAGCCCACUCCGGCCAUUCCCUCCGCCACGGCCAUCCCUACCUUGUCGGUCAACCAGGUGACCCAGCAGCUCUGCCCAUCCACUUCGCCCAGUUCCUCUUCCCUCCUGGAACAGACUCCGACAAACUCUUCCGAAGGCAAAAGUUCCCUACAUUCGGCCUUGGUACAUGCCUAA